AUGGCAUAUUUGCUGAUAUUUUCCAUCUGCUUAGCUCUGCUGCUAGCUUCGAUAUCACUGUACCGUUACGGAUGUAUCCAGCGGCAACAUCCGAUAGUGACAUUCUCCGUGUUAACAGCAUGGAGUUUCUCGUUUCUCAUCGUGUUCACUAUUCCGCUGGAUGUAACUUCUACCGUUUAUCGCCAAUGCAUUCUGGAGCACAACAGCACCAAUAAACCUACCACCGGGGAAGGCAAUGGACCUAAUGGGAAUGACAGUUCCUGCCAGCGGCCCUGGGGCAUGGUAGAGGAGGCUGUUUUUCCGAACAUUUGGCGCAUCAUCUACUGGUCGUCACAGUUCCUGACCUGGUUGAUCAUGCCAUUGAUGCAGUCCUACCUAAAGGCCGGUGAUUUCACCAUCAAAGGAAAACUGAAGUCUGCCCUGGUAGACAAUGCCAUAUACUAUGGUUCCUAUUUGUUUAUCUGUGGCGUACUGCUGAUUUAUCUAGCCCUUCAACCUGGCAUUUCAUUAGACUGGCAGAAGCUAAAAGCUAUUGCAUCGUCGGCUUCGAAUACUUGGGGUUUGUUUCUAUUAGUGUUGCUUCUUGGAUACGCACUGGUAGAGGUUCCUCGAGGAUUGUGGAACAACUCUAAACCCGGAUUUGCGUUGCAGUAUGCGUACUUCAAGCUGUCUAAAUUAAGCUCCGAGAAAGCUGAAGCCGAAGAACAUGUAGACGAUGUGCUUGAGAGCUUACAGUCGGCGAGUCGAGCGAUUCCAGCCAGACAUGAACUGAGAACUGCGCUGGAAACUAUCAUUCGGAAGGUCCCCACAGAACUGAUGGAACGAGCUCGCCGUAUAAGUCGAGAUGAUGGAUCACCAGUGGCUAUUCCGUCUGAGAAAGCUCUAGUAAGGUUACAUCGACAGGUGAUAAAAUCACUUCAAACUCUACAACGCACCGAAGCUCUUUGGAACGUUCAGGUCAACAAAGUGUUGCAUCUGGAGGAUGUGGCAAAGAAUGCUGUUUCGCUAGAUCAUCGAUUCAAAACGGAAUUCCCCAAACACCGAACCGGAAUGUCGCGUGCCAUGUACAGUCCAACUAUGGAAUGGUACUGGGAAUGUGUUGUAAAAGCACCGUUCCUAAAAUGCCUUGCUGUAAUCACUGGAAUUCUGUCAUUUAUCGUCGUCUGGAGUGAGCUAACGUUCUUCAAUCGAGAACCGGUGUUAUCAAUUUUUGCUAAGGUGUUGAACGUAGCGAAGGAAAAUUAUGAUUUUGUAACGAUUGAAAUAUUCUCCAUGAUGACUUUAUGCUACUUGUGCUACUGUGCAUAUUCCACUGUUUUUCGGAUCAAAUUUCUCAAUCUUUACUACCUAGCUGCUCAUCAUCAGACCAACGAAUACAGCUUAAUCUUCAGUGGCAUGUUGCUUUGCCGUUUGACACCGCCCAUGUGUCUUAACUUCCUCGGACUUAUCCACAUGGAUUCACAUAUUAUUAAAGAAAGAAUUCUGGAGACUCACUACACCCAAAUCAUGGGCCACAUGGAUGUGCUUGGAAUAAUCUCGGAUGGUUUCAACAUCUAUUUUCCGAUGGUCAUGUUGGCUUUCUGCCUAGCCACCUGGUUUUCUCUGGGUAGUCGUGCCUUGAAUGCACUCGGUUUCCAGCAGUUUAUGCUGAACGAAAACAUCGUCACCGAGUUGGUUCAAGAAGGUAAGGAUUUGAUUGUGCGAGAAAAGCGAAAACGUCAACGUGCCGAGGAUGCCAUAGCUCGUCGCCGGGAUAACAUACUUUCGAACUUGAGUCGAGACGGCUCUGGAGGACCGGGUGCCGGCUCCAGCAAUGGCAAUGGUAAUCACUCCGGUGGUAUUCUAUCGAAAUAUAAGUCCAGGAACCUGGACAUGGCAACAGGACAGGUGGGGCCAAAUGACGAUUUAGUGCGUCACGGAGAUCGUUUGGAUUACAGCACCACAGGAUCACGAGGUGGAACCGACAUUAGUCGAUCGUUGUCGGAUGAAAUCAAUGAACGUUUCGGUAUAAGCACGAAUGUCACCGUUGGUUUCCGACCGGGAUACAAUGAUUUCGGAGAUGAUGGUGAAACGGAUGGCAACCGAAGUUCGAAUGCUCCAAGGGGAUUUUUCGAUGAUGUCUAAACAACACGGAGUUGCAUUUUACGUUUUAAACCGUGAUACUAAGUUUAGUCGUUAGCUGUAACCGUUGCUUUCCAAUUACCUAAGUAUGAGAAAAAAACCACUGAACCAAUCUCUAUUCACAGAUGAUUAAACGGCUUUCGGUUGAAAGAAUGUCUACAAACAAAUGCGAAUAAGCACUUAGCACUGAUAUAAAUGAAACUUGUACUGUGGUUUAUUUUAGAAGUUUUAAAUAUACGAACAUUGUAAAAUUUUCUGAACAAGCUACACUGUCUCCGACAGCCAUUAUAAAUUAAAAUAAUGAAACAGUAGAGUAGAGGUUCUAGAAAAUUAAGCACGUUUCUUUUGAUUAUAUUGUACUACUAUUGGAUCCACACAAUGUUGAACUGUACUAUUCUUUAUUCAAAAAUUACACUGUGGUGUAAAAGAGGAAAAGUUUUUGAAACAUUUCUCCAUCUAUAACAGGUUUUACUUUUAUUCAAUUUAAUUGUACCUAACAUAAAUUUAUUACUACAGAUUUUUUUUUUGAAAUUAUCAUUUUAUUUUCAAAAUUGUAUAGUCGGGUGUGAUGCAAAUUUUAAGUGAUUAACCCGGUAGUAUGUUUUUACCUAUGUAUUUAUUAAUUCGAUCCGUCAUUAAUUAAACCAAUAACAAUAAACUAGAGGGCAACAUCUAGGUUGAAUAAGACUCAUAAAAUAUAAUUAACAUUCGGACAACCCAGAGUAAGUAGAAAAUUGAAAAAGCCUGUUUAGCAGAAAAACGCACGUUUUCUGAUAUAGGUGCCCCAAUUAGAAAACUUAUCUAUUGAAGAUUAUGAAAAUUUGAACAUUGCGACUAAUUCAUGUUUUCAUUUGUGCUUCUAUGAUGUUCAAUGUGCUGAACGAUGUUGAAAUAAAGCAUUCAUAAGUAGCACUAACAGGAAAAA